ACACCUGUUUUGGCUUUUUAGUGACUGGAAAACAAUUACUAGAGUGAAACCAAUUCAUUCUUCAUCUGUGUUCUUUUAAGUGGGCAAAACCAUGAAAAUGACUAAGGAAGUGGGUGUUGCAAUAUAAUGUGCCGUUAACAUUCAAACACUUUGGGGAAAAUGAAUUCAUUGGAGCAACAAACCUUCAGAGGGGCAGAUGUGAAUGAGUAAACAGGUAUUGCUUCUCUCUUGUUGAGCUGAAGGUUUUGGUGCCACCUCAUGUCUAUCUUUUGCAACUGCAGUUUGCUCCAGUAAAGUACUAGGUCUCUACCUGCUUUAAGUUGUUUUCAGAAGGAGGAUGCCUCAAGAUAUCCCGCUUCUCCUGACAUCAAGAAUCUUGUUGGCGUUGCCUCCUGUAAAUGGGACAAGAUCUGUGUCAAAUGUCACACUUGAGAUGCUUCAAAGCCAUGUGCUGCAGAUCACUUUGCCUGUCCUCUUCUCAGUUAUCUUCAGCAUCAGCAUUCCACUCAAUUUUGUGUCCUUGUGGUUCCUUUAUCGAUAUUCAAGGCCUUGGAAUCCCACCAUUGUGUUCUGCAUCAAUCUAACCAUUUGUGACUUGAUGUACAGCAUGAUCCUCCCCUUUCACAUCAUUUACCAUCUAAAGGGAAACAGUUGGCCCUUUGGGGAUGUUCUGUGCCGCAUCGUCACUGUUCUGUCCUAUGGAAAUAUGCACUGUUCCAUUUUAACCAUGAUGAGCAUCAGUAUAGAACGCUACCUGGGAAUUGUUCACCCUUUGCGCUACAAUGGCAUAAGACCCAUUCGAACUUCUCUCGUGUCAUGCACAGUCAUUUGGUUACUUGUUUUACUGCCACUGAUCCCGCUCAUGAAGACUAACCUAUCAAUUCAUAUACAAGAGCUGCCAAUAAUCACCUGUUUUGACGUUUUGCCUAAAGAGAUGUUUAGCACAACCAUCCACUUCAUCACUUACUUUGGCUCUCUGGUAUUUUUCUUCUUUUUCCUACCUUUGCUCAUCAUGGGAUUUUGCUACUUCUCUAUCAUCUUGACCCUUCUGCACUCCUCUUCUACACAGCUCAGAGAAACUAAGAAGCAAACAGUCUAUUUGAUACUAGUGUUGCUAUUUGUGCUCACUAUUUGUUACCUCCCUCACAUUAUCAUGUCAAUUAUCCAUUACGUCCUCACACUUCAAGACAAAUCAUUUUAUGUGGAAUAUAAAAUUUCAUUUGCAACAGCUAGCUUAAACUGUUGCUUUGACCCAUUGGUUUAUUACUUUGGCUCCAAAGAAUUUCGACGAAAGAUACAAAAGAAACUCUGCAGGUGUGUGCCUGUUGGAUUCAGUGAAAAUACUCCAAUUUUUUCAGAGCAUGAUAUGCAAAUAACACCAAUACAAAAGGCACCAAAGAUAUAGCCUGCAUUGCUCUGGAAUAUAAUAAACUUUGCCAUUGCACAGAAUUGCCAUCAAGAAAAAUGAGGGGCCAUUUCAUUGCAGAACUUCAACUGCAAAUUACACAGAAUUCUGUUGCCAUUUUUUUCUGGGAGAUCAAAUGGACAACAAUUAUUGUCCAUGAUUCCACGUGUUGAGUAAAGGCAAUUGUUGUCAAAGUCCAAUUAAAUUGGUGUGACUGAGAGACACCUCUUUGAUUAUGAUGCAGCUACAAAAGUAGUAUGACCGGGAGAACAUUUCUUUAACCACUUUUGACUGUCCAGAAUUUAUGGAACAAAUAUUUACAGAAAUAUUUAGUUGACUGGAGGCAGGCAUAAUUUCAGACUGCCUUCCUUGAAUGUCAUGAAUUAUCCAUGCCACUCAGCCACCAAAGAAUGUAGCCACUUGGAGUUUUAAGAUUUGGGUCAUUAUAAUCUUCUAUUGUAAUUUUUUUUUUUUAAUAUUGAUGUUAGUCUGACAAAGCUAUGUAUAGACAAGUCCUGCUAUACCGUGUGAAGCAUAUUUGUUAUGGUGCUUGCCCUUUCAUGUAAUUAUGUUGCAGAUGUCAUUCUUAAAGGCUACAGUCAUAUAGUUUAAAUAAACAAUGUGUAUUGUGUCUA